GCUUUUAAACGUUAACCACUGAUGAUCCACUAUAUUGACCAGAUACCCCAAGGGGCCAGGUUUCCAGUCGGGAAGCACGCCAUCCCAGGAACACCAUUGAGUUAAAAUAAGAACUAGAGAUAGCCUUCAAGAUGGCCCGACCGUUGUUUUUAGCGUAAUCUACUCACGGUCGCAUACGUCGAUUCUUGGGGGCUGACAUCUUGCUAGUUCCGGUAUCAGGAUCGCAUUACUACAUGCCCGCUAGCACUGGAGGCCAGCUGAGCCCAGCCUUUGAGCCCAAGCCUAGCAUGUGCAGGAGCAGGGACAUGCAUUCCAGCGCAAGCUGGAGAGGGGUCGUGGAUCUUGAUUAAUGGGGAGGGCAAAUCUGCAGCUGCUAAGCACAACCACUGAAAAAAGUAGAUUUUUUUUGUUGUUGUUGUCUGCAAGUAAAUUAUUCAGGACUAAGAGGAAUGUACUCUGUUUCUCUUUCCAAACAGCCUAACUGUCUAUGUAUCUGGAAACAGUGGAGGUGUAUGGGGUGAAGAGGACGGUGGACUCAGUGGAGGACAUCCCAGCCACUUGGCAGUGAGGUUGUUGAUUAAUAUCGCCUGGGCGCCCGUGAAGGUGUUUUGCAAAGGCUGAGAGUUGAUUGCACUCAAUUUGGAACCGGGCAUCAGCCAGGUGCCCCGCUCUGGCCGACAUCGAAGUCAGCUCAAAACAAAAGUGACGUAGGUUAAGCACAUUGAGUAGUGAGUAAGAUUCUGUGCUUUCACAUGCAAAAGUGAUUGCUUUUGAUAAAAACACUUUAUCUGCCUUCCCAAAGAAAAAUGAGUUUGAAAAUUCUGAUACAUAUUUAAUGGAAAAGAGAUGUAUGUUUCAGAACGAUGCACCAUGCUGCCUCGUUGACAAAUCAAAUCAAAAUGUAUUGGUCUAAUACACAUGGUUAGCAGAUGUUAUUGCGAGUGUAGCGAAAUGCUUGUGCUUCUAGUUCCGACAAUGCAGCAAUAUCAACAAGUAAUCUAACAAUUCCACAAAAACUACUAAAAGGAUGGAAUAACAAUAUGUACAUAUACAUAUAUGGAUGAGCAAUGACCAAGCGGCACAGGCAACAUGCUAUAGAUGGUAUAAAAUAUAGUAUAUGCAUAUGGGAUGAGUAAUGCAAGAUAUGUAAACAUUAUUAAAGUGUCAUUAAUAAAGUGACUAGUGAUCCAUUUGUUAGAGUGGCCAAUGGUUUCAAGUCUGUAUCUAGGCAGCAGCCUCUCUGUGUUAGUGAUGGCUGUUUAACAGUCGGAUGGGAUGGCCUUGAGAUUGAAAAAUAGCUUCUGUCUCUCGGUCCCAGCUUUGAUGCACCUGUACUACCUUGCCUUCUAGAUGGUAGCGGGUUGAACAGGCAGUUGCUCGGGUGGUUGUUGUCCUUGAUUAUAUUUUUGGCAUUCCUGUGACAUCGGGUGCUGUAGGUGUCCUGGAGGUCAGGUAGUUUUCCCCCAAUGAUGCGUUGUGCAGACCGCACCACCCUCUGUGGAGUCCUGCGGUUGUGGGUGGUGAAGAUGCUGUGUCAGGCGGUGAUACAGCCCAACAGGAUGCUCUCAAUUGUGCACCUGUAAAUGUUUGCGAGGGUUUUAGUUGACAAGCCAAAUUUCUUCAGCCUCCUGAGGUUGAAGAGGCGCUGUUGCGCCUUCUUCACCACACUGUCUGUGUGGGUGGACCAUUUCAAUUUGUCCGUGAUGUGUACACCGAGGAACUUUCCACCUUCUCCACUGCUGUCCCAUCGAUGUGGAUAAGGGGGUGCUCCCUCUGCUGUUUACUGAAGCCCACAAUCAUCUCCUUUGAUUUGUUGACAUUGAGUGAGAGGUUGUUUUCCUGACACCACACUCCGAGUGCCCGCACCUCCUCCCUAUAGGCCGUCUCAUCGUUGUUGGUGAUCAAGCCUACUACUGUUGACCAAGCGGCGCAGAUGACUGUUCGACUUGAGAAGGGCACUCCUCCCUCACCACUUUUUCUUGUUCAUGUUACGGGCUGUAGCCGGGUGCACCUUGGCUCAGGUUAAUAGACCUCCCUCAGUGUUGGCACUGUUACUAACUACCUGACAGGAGGAGCUGAAGGACGUCUCCUACUUACGGCAGUAGCCGGAUCUCCGCCGCCACGAUGACCGACUUCUUGCAGAAUACUUCCGGUUACUACAAAAAAACGAGCGACGUCAUCAUGUUUGCCCACAAGGACUUCUCUCCCUUCGCAUCCUGCCGAUCCCUGGGGGGCACAUUCAACACCUCACCUUGAGGACACACACUGGGGCUACGUUUCAAUAGUCUAGUAGCUUCCUCUCACAGGCACUUUAGUGAGGACAAUACUCUUCCGGUUAGCAGUUGUCACUAGUAUGUACAGUGGCCCUCAAUAUCUAGAGUAUUGAUGAAAUAUGAAUGAUUUUAUGGUGUUUAGAUUUUUACUGUGUACUGUUCUUAUUUGCAUGAGCUGUGUUGAAACAAAGUCCAAUCAACUCUGUUGAUAUAGCAAUCGCAAGAGUUACACUUAUGUCAGUUGGGGUGAAUGAAAGAAAAUGUAUUAUUUAAUGUACACAACGCAAUCACACAACCACGACUUGACAGCUUCAGGUGUACUCUGGGAACUGUAGUCCUCUUAGUUCAGAAAAUCACAAAGGUGUUUUUCAUUUUGUUUCAUUCUUGUUGUUGUUGAAGACUGAUCUCACCAAAUCAGAAAGACAACAGUUCAUCAGACUUUGGUGUAGGGUACAGUACAUUCUGACUUGGUUCUCCUUCCCAGUGGCUCAAAUUAGUUUUUUAGAUCAUAACACAUUCCCUUAACCUGAAACUAACCUGAAACACUCAAAAUUACAUUUACAUUUUCUACAUGCUUUAGUUUCAGGUUAAGGGGAUGUGUUAUUGGUUUAUUGGUGUUAAAUUACACAAUUUAUGCUAUAUUGGACCACCAGGCUGCUGAUGUCAUGCAACUUAUACAAACAUGUAGAUAGAUAUAGUUUUAACCAGCCUUUAGUCUUGAAAUAUUUGGUUGUUUAGUACACUGCCAUACUCACUGUUUAGCACUUGGCCUCACAUGUGAAUCCUUAAAGAGAUGUCUGGGGCUAAGGCUUAAGAUUGUGUGAACCAUGCUGGAUGGUUGUGUUGACAAAGAAAAGCUCUACAGUAGAUGCACCAAAACAUUCAAGGGCAAUUUUCUCAAACGUGUUGUUACAAGGUUAUCAAAUGCUAAAAAACUAAAUUUAAAAUGUUGCAACAUAAGACCAAAAAGAGUCGGUCGGUCACAUACGUGCACUUCAGGAGACAGUUGUAUGAUAUUUUCUGUUCAACACAACGCAAUCACACAAUCACGAUUUGACACAGUCGUAGCUUGGUAACAUCAAUUGUACUUUGGGAACUGUAGUCCUUUUAGUUCAGCAAAUCACAAAUGUGUCAGCAUGGCCACUGCCCUUUAAAUACGCAACUCGUUGCUUCAAACCACACCCACCCACCAAACCGGAGCAAACGUACCCCAAAGUCUGUUCAAGAACUGUGGUUCGGCAACGUAGCAAACGUUUAAGCGAACUGAACGCACCUCAGUAUGUGGCCGAUCUAGUUUCAGGUGUUUCUUUGGUUACGUUAGACUACUUACUGUAUUCUUAUCAUACCGUUUUAGAACGGUUAGUAGUGAUAAAAAAAUGUUGGCUGAUAUUGCACGUCGACAAAAUCGUUCACUGAUUGGCUCACUACCUACGUCUGAACUUAUGCGUAUGAUGGUAAACAUCUGAGCGUGCGCUUGCGUACUGGUAGUAAUGGAGGACAGGUCCUUCUCUUCGGGGUAAAAUCGGAAUUACCAUUGGUAUCAAGACAACAACUGCCCAAUGAUUAUCGGUUGAAGCUGUUUAACAUUGUUGGGCCAUUCUAUUUAGCAUGGCAUCCGAUUCGGGGCCUCAGGCUCCCGGCUCCAAAGGGAUCAUGACCUUUCACCCCACCGCUGAGGAGUUCCAGAACUUCAGCCGCUACAUUGCCUACAUGGAGUCCCAGGGAGCACACAAAGCCGGUCUGGCUAAAAUCGUGCCACCAAAGGAUUGGAAACCCAGGAAGUCCUAUGACGAUAUAGAUGACCUGGUGAUCCCAGCUCCCAUCCAGCAGGUAGUGACGGGCCAGUCGGGUCUGUUCACCCAGUACAACAUUCAGAAGAAGCCCAUGACCGUCCGAGAGUUCCGCAAGACGGCCAACAGCGACAAGUUCUGCAGUCCUCGCUAUACCGACUUUGAAGAGCUGGAGAGGAAGUACUGGAAGAAUGUGACUUUUAACCCGCCCAUCUACGGGGCUGAUGUAAACGGAACGCUCUAUGACCCCGAUGUGACCGAUUGGAACAUCGGCAAACUGAGCACCAUCCUGGACACGGUGGAGCACGAGAGUGGCAUCACCAUCGAGGGGGUGAACACGCCCUACCUGUACUUUGGCAUGUGGAAGACCACCUUCGCCUGGCACACCGAAGACAUGGAUCUCUACAGUAUCAACUACCUCCACUUUGGAGCGCCCAAGUCCUGGUACUGCGUUCCACCAGAGCAUGGGAAAAGAAUGGAGCGCUUGGCUCAAGGGUUUUUCCCUGGAAGCCACCAAAAUUGCGAAGCCUUCCUGAGGCACAAGAUGACCCUCAUCUCUCCCUCCAUAUUGAGGAAAUAUGGCAUUCCAUUUGAGAAGAUCACUCAGGAGCCAGGUGAAUUCAUGGUGACGUUUCCCUAUAGCUACCACGCCGGCUUUAACCACGGCUAUAACUGUGCAGAGUCCACUAACUUUGCCACUGAAAGAUGGAUUGAGUAUGGAAAGCGAGCCAUACUGUGUUCAUGCAGGAAGGACAUGGUGAAGAUCUCCAUGGACCUGUUUGUGAAGAAGUACCAGCCGGAACGCUACGAGCAGUGGCUGGCGGGUCGGGACACGGGGUCCAUUGACCACUCACGACCCACCCCAGAGGCCAAGGAGUUCCUGGGGGAGGAGGAGGGGAGAUGCAGUCCUUCCCAUGAGCCCUGUGUGGAGGAGCUCAACACGGAGGGGGAGAGAAAGAGCCCCACACAGAGGAUAGGGACCAAGAGGCACAGAGUGUGUCUGGAUGUACCUGAUGAGGUGGUCCCUAAAGAUGAGGAAGAGGAGUAUGGAAAGAAAGCCAGACUUGGCCUCACCACUCAGGGCACAGGAGCAGAGGAGUGCAAAGAUACAGUCACCUUGAUGGACCUCCCUAAUGUAAAGACGGACCCAAUGCAGGGCAACCGCAACAGAAGCACUACUCCGCAAAAAGUCACCAUCCCCUCCAUCAGCAAUCAUGCGACGGCCAUUUUGGCUCAACCCCAGUCGCACAGAAACAGGCACCUUCCAGUAGUGGCUCCUCCAGCCAGGACCGGCCCCUCCACCCAGCCGAUCAGAAAGCUAGGGGUGGCCAGCCUGCUCUUUCAUAAGACCCAGAGCCCUAAGGAGGCCCUGCAGGGCCACAGCUAUGCCCGUGAGAACCAGCAGCAGAUUCACCACACCCACCUCCAUGUGCACAGUUACGCCAGGGAGCACCUGCCACGGCACCUCCAACCCCACCUCCAACUCAAGGCCAAGCCCCAGGCCCAAGUCAAGGCCGAGCAGCAGGAGUCCCACGUCCCAUCUACCAAAGGAGUGCAGAACCAGGCCGACGCACAGAUUCCCUGCAAGGGAGAACCGGUUGAAACCAAAGCCCAGACCCAAGGCCUCGGUAAGUGGCGGCAGCAUCCUGGCGAGGCCCAGGCUUGGGAGGAGAGGUCCAAAGCCAGGUCCCCUAGCAGUCCAGAGCCUGUCCAGACCCAAGCACACACCAGGACAGCCAAGAGGAUCGAGGCGGAGGUCCGAAGGGACAGGCGGAAGCAAUGUCUUUCCCCUGUGCAGGCGGAGGUAACUUUAAUGAAGCAGACAAACGUACGUCCAAGUAAGCCGACGAUCUUACGUCCAAGUAAGCCGACGAUCUUACGUCCAAGUAAGCUGACAAACUUAAGUCCAAGUAAGCAGACGGACUCAAGUUCAAGUAAGGAGACCGAUUCCAGUCGGAGUAAGCAGACGGAAUGCAAGAGCAUGAAGAGCAAACCGCAUCCUCUCCUCCGCAAGCUGCCCAAACAGCACCCACUACUCAGGCCCAGGGAAAGCUCUAGUGAUGACGAUGAGCUGUAUGUGAAUAUGGAGGAUGAACCAGAGGAGACGGAAGAGUGGGCCAAGCCCCUUGCCCAGCUCUGGCAGAGUAGACCCUACAACCCCCAGGCGGAGAGGGAAUACAACCAACUCAUGGGCCUGCAGGCCCCCUACUGCUCCAUCUGCCUGCUUUUCCACACAUAUGACCAGUCGGAGUCUAGCGGCAACCCCAGCUACACUGUAAAAGGCCGGCGAGGGGGCAGACAGAGGUCCAAGCCCCUGAUCCCGGAGAUGUGUUUCAGCACCACCAAUGACAAGACCAACAACAGCAGCAACAGCGGAGAGGGCCAACUUUCCACCCCUCACCUGGAGGAGGACGGCACCAGCCUCCUGGUCAGCUGCUCCCAGUGCUGUGUCCGUGUUCACGCCAGUUGCUAUGGAGUUUCUGCAGACCAAGUGUCAGAUGAGUGGAUGUGUGCCCGCUGUGAGGCCAACGCUUUAACUGAGGACUGCUGCCUGUGCUCACUGCGAGGGGGAGCUCUACAGAGAGCCAACAACAACAAGUGGGUGCACGUGCUGUGUGCGCUCGCAGUCCUGGAGGCGCGGUUCGUGAACAUUGCCCACCGCAAUCCCGUGGACCUCAGCUACAUCCCUCUGGCCAGGUUCCAACUGAAGUGUUUCUACUGUAAGCGCCGGGUGAAGAGGGACGUGGGCUGUUGUGUGCAGUGUUCCCAUGGCCGCUGCACCACCGCCAUCCACCCCACCUGCGCCCAGGCUGCUGGCCAGCUCAUGCAGCCUGAUGACUGGCCCUUCAUCGUCCACGUCACCUGCUACAGGCACAAGUCACCCGUCCUGCCGGAGCGCAAUAAGGCGGCCAUGCGAGAGCUAGAGGUUGGCCAGAAUGUUAUCUGUAAGCACAAAAAUGGCCGCUACUACCAGUGUGAGGUGCUGGAGCUGACCAUCGCCAUCUUCUACGAGGUCGUCUUCGAUGACGGCUCCUAUAGCGACAACCUCUUCCCAGAGGACAUUGAGAAUCGGGACUGCGUGAAGCUGGGCCCGCCAACAGUGGGCGACGUAGUGCAGGUGCGCUGGACCGACAACCUGCUUUACGGGGCCAAGUUUGUCGCGUCGCACUCCAUCCCAAUGUACCAGAUGGAGUUUGAGGACGGGUCGUCGCUGUCUGCCAAGAGGGAAGAAGUCUACAGUCUAGACGAGGAGCUGCCCAAACGAGUCAAGUCCCGAAUGUCCAAGGCAUCAGACAUGCGCUUCGACGGGAUCUUCACGGAGAAGGAGGUGAAGCAGGGCUCCAAAAGACAGAGAGUCAUCAACUCCCGUUACAGAGAGGACUAUAUCGAGCCUCUCAUAUACAGAGCUAUCAUGGAAUAACCCUCCUCUUUCUCUACUUCCUUAUAAACUCACCACACACCCAGAGAGUGGGGCAUCUCUGGGCACCCACAGCCUUGACAAGUGGCUCCAACUCUGGGUACCAGUAUGAACAAACUCUCCCAUGUCCCUUGGGCAUUUUUGUAAACCAGGGCUGGGACUUUUUAAGGGAGUUUCUGCUCUUCAUGAACCCUCCCCUUAUUUCUGUGAAUGCUAUCUUUAUCCUCUUUUGCUGAAAUAGUUCAAUAAAAUAUACAAGUUGGAAUUGGAACUACUCAUUGAACCGGAACCGCAGGUUUUUAUGUAUAUACAUAUUUCCUUGACGACCUGCUCAACUCUAGAAUUUAAUUCCUGCAUUAUCUCCUGCCCUCUUUGGACAAUUUGUUUCUCCUCUGAACUUGAGGUGGCAUUUUAAUCUCUAGCUUUACCCAUCCAAAAGCAUUAAUUGGUCGAUGAAAACACAAUGCAGGCCAUUAUUCAAUCCGAUUUUCAGUAAUAUUCUGUUGUGUGAUUCAUUUUUAAUCCCCAAACAUGUUUUGCUUUAUACUCUUUGCAAUACAUACAUUUAUGGACUUCAUAGGAAUGUGCAGGUUUGAUAGUGUCUACUGUGACAAUAGGAAGAAGUUAGUAGCCCAAGCCUUAAGUUCAAAGGGCAGUGUUUUCUUGUUAAGUUUAGCUUUACAACUUUAAAGCUUUGGAUUUAUUGCAUUUAAUUUAUGUAAGUUGUAUGAGUUUGAGAAUGCAACUGUUUGAUACCACAGCUCACUGUGCUUACAAUCUCAGAAAAUCCCCAAGAUGUAUUUAUUUGUUAUGUGGAUAGGUUUUUGGACGCAAGUUGGUUCUCGAUUCUUGUUAUAGUUUUUUUUCUAAGCCAUCCUGGGUUGCAUUGGUAGUGUGUGUGUAUAUAUGCCAUAGAGAAUGAACGAGAGCUUUCCUACAUAGUUCCCAUUAUAGCAUCUUAGAUUGCACGGGGAAUACCAUUGAGGCAAUCUCCAUUUUGAAGUAGUACAUUUUCUUCACGAUUGGCUGAUCCCUCCUGAUGACCUGGCUGGACAUGACUCCAACAGGUUCACUAGGAGGAAUCGCCCAAUGAAGUUCGAAGUCCCACUCAGUUCAAUACAUCUUUGUGAGGCCCAUGCUAAAAUGGCCCUGUGGCCACUAGAGGCCUCUUUCAUUCUCUAUAGUAUAUGCCAACAUGGGUCAACUUCCUCCUCCCUGCAGAAAAAAGCACUUAUUUCUCUCCCUAAAGUACCCAUGGCAUGUCUAUCAUUGCUUUUGCAGGUGGCUGUUAAGUUCAGGUACAUAACUGAGCAUGUGCAGAAAAGUUAGUUGGUCAAUUACAGCCUAGGUGUAUACUAGUUGGUUUGUGGUCCUAUCACAACCAGUGAGAAAACUGCAGAACGUUUUUAUAGGAAAAAUAUAUUUUCAUAUCAUUAGAAGAAUGUUCUUCCUCCUAAUGCUUUGUCGAAGUUUCUUGUUGACAUAAAUCGUUACCAUCUUUGGAUAGUAUUGUAUAUGUAGCUAAUUUAAAGCUGUAAAGUCUAUCUCAGGAGGACACACACACCUCCACCUCUUGAGCCGCACCGCUGAUUUACGUUUUGUUUCCAUGGCUACUGUUUGAAGCGCUUGGAUUGAUUUGGUAUGUACACGGGAAGUGUCAACUCUGUGCAUUACAUUUGUAAACAUCAACUGUUGCAGUAAAGACCGGACUAAGAAAAGCUAA